GCCAAGGCCGCGCAGCCGCCUGCGAGCCAGGCUGGGGCCGCGGCCGCGAGCGAGGGGCCGCUCGCCGCGCCGCCGGCCGCAGCGAGCACCUCCGCGGCUGUGAAAGUGCCGCCAUCGGCGCCGCCGUCGCAGCCCCUGGCAGCCUCCGCCGAUCAGGCGGCGAAGGGGAGCUGCGACCCCAAGCCCAAGGCAGGACAGGCCGCGCCGCCGCCAUCGACGAGUGGCCCUACUCCAGCAGCGGUGGCAGCACCUGCGCAGAGCGGCGCGCCAGCCAACACUGAGGAGCCAAGCGAGCACGAGACAGGAGCGGACCUCCUCGAUGAUCUCCUGGGCAAGGCUACGGAUCCAUCCGAGCCCGAGAAGGCGCAGCAGCAGGCUAAGACUCCUCAGCAGCCAGCAGGAGCAGACGCCGCGGCCCCGGCUGCCUCCUUCCCAGAGCCCGCCCCAGCAGGAGCGCCCCAGCCCGUGGCAGCGAACGCGGCCUCGUCCUUUGUCCAGCAGGGCAAACACCAGGCCGGCGCAGAUGGGCCAGCGGCCGCGCCGACUCCAGUUGGGGGCACAUCGACUCCUCGCACGUUCGACCAGGUGGACCUCCUUGAGGCGGCAUGCUUGGACAUCGGCGCUGACGAUGGCCAAGAUGGCUUCCGCUGCCCAAGAUGCAAGCUGGACCUGCCCGAGUCCGAGCGCAUCGCUGACGCAGACCAGAAGAAGUGCGCGAAGGACGUCUGCGCGAAAUGCCACGGCAACGCCAAGACGCUCCAGAAACGCUUCAAAAAAAACAAGCAGCUCAAGGCGUGGUGGGCAGGAAAAAACGAGGGGGAGCAGACCCGCUGGUUCGCGGAGCACAGGGAGUGCGCG